AUGGCCUCAGCAUGCGUGAAUAACAUCGGAAUGUCGUCGGAGAAUUUUCUGGAAUGUUCUCCUUCCAAGUAUCCGUCGUACGGGUGGCACAGUCCGAGGAUCUCGUUCAAACGUGAGUUACCCGAUGAGGAGGCGUCAAAAGUUGCCAUAGUUAAGGCUCCAGCUAAAACUGAAGCUCCAUCGGAUAAUGCAGUUUUGGAGAUGUUGGAAAAAUCAGAUCCAGAAGUAUCUGGCGAGGCUUUUGUGGAUUUUGAGUUCCGGCUAGAAGAUCCGGUCACAAUGCUCCCCGCCGACGAGUUGUUCUCCGAUGGGAAGCUCAGGCCAUUACAGCUAUCUUCCAUUCAGAAAUCAAUGAGGUCAGUGCCGACGAUAUCUGAGGUCAGAUCGCCGGACACGCCAAAACUACGCAUUAGAAAUGAGAUUUCUCUUACAGAUCCUUACUUAUUUUCCCCCAAAGCUCCCAGGUGUUCGAGCCGCUGGAAAGAUCUUCUAGGCCUGAAAAAACUCUACCAAAACAGCAAUGCAAAGCCAGAAGAUCAAAAGGCGGCAUCAGCAUCCAAUCACAACAAUAGUAAAAAUGCGGCCAGAAGCUUGAAGCACUUUCUCAACCGCAGUUCAAAAUCAUCAGUAAAUGCAUCCAUUGAUUUAUCUUUAAGCCUCCCAUUAUUGAAGGAUAUGGACAAUGAGCCGGUCUCAAUUUCCUCUCGGCUUUCACUUUCGUCUUCUUCAUCAGGUCACGAGCACGAUGAUCUCCCAAGGCUCUCUCUCGAUUCCGAUGAACCGAGUCCUCUCUCCCGUAGCUCUCACCGGAAGGCAAACACUCAUUCCAAAGUUCGAGUCGGUAGACCUAGGGCAUUAUCUUCAGAGAACCCUAAUACGGCAACUCGAGUGGUGCGUAGCCCAAUGCGCAGAGCACCGGAGCCUACUGCACAAGCGUGUGGAGUUUCAGCGGAUAGUCCUCGCAUGAAUUCUUCUGGUAAAGUCGUGUUUAAUAGCUUGGAGAGAAGUUCCAGUAGUCCGAGCAGUUUUAAUGGUGGCCCCAGAUACAAACAUCGAGGAAUGGAGAGGUCUUAUUCAGCUAAUGUCCGUAUUACUCCGGUUCUGAAUGUUCCGGUUUGUUCACUUCGAGGCUCGUCGAAAUAUGGUGUUUUUGGCUUAUUUUCUUCGCAACAGAAGAAAGAUAGUGGCGGCGACAACAAAGUCCUAGCAAAGAACCGCACGGAGUGA